AUGUCACAUUGCACCAACCUAUGCAAUUUCACAAGCCUAUCAUCUAACAGUGCCGCCACGCCUCCGCCUGCUGGUCUGUAUCAGCGGUGCUUCCUAAUCCAUGAUGAGCACAAACGUGAACAGUUGCAGUUGUGCAAGCAAGCGAGAUUUGAUGGGUUCUCCUCACCGGAUCGUAUAAGACGAGCGUCGUUGAAAGAAAGAAACAUCUUGUGGUGCGCCUCUAGCGCGAGCCACAGCCACUGCUUCAGGAGGAUGUUCCAUAAUAGCAUUCUGAAUCAUGACAUCACUUACUACUAUUUUGUGGACAGCUACGAUACAAUAGAUGGCUUUGGUGGGCAAGGACACGACAAGGACGUCAAUGACUGGAAGAACAUCUUGUUAAUGAUUUUUCUUGUUGUCAUGUGGGUGGGAACAAUAGUCCAAUGUGCCACAGGUUCCGAUGUAUUAAGAUGGAGGUCCUUUUAUGCAACCCAUGAUAUUGCAUGGAGGGCUCACUACAGGGAGGUGUUUGAUCAUGGCAUUCGUGAGGUUUUAUGUUGUCUAGGACGGGCGAAGUACUCGUAUGUCUCUGGUGCUGAGUGGAGUGUACUGGAAGAUGACGAUAUAUGUGUUGUGGCAAAACUGUUGGGAGAUAUUAUGGCUUAUCGUGCAUCUGGAACUGGUCACCUUGAGCUCAUAGCAGGGUUUUCAUUGUUGCAGAAAUCCAAGAUGUCAACAGUUCUUUCAAGAGAGCAAGUGGAAGCUCCUCCUGAUCUCAUCCAAGAGGCUAUUCUGUUUCAUCCAUUUGCUGAAGCUGCCUAUACAGUUGCUUUCUGCAUCCUUCACUUGGGUCCGCUACUUGAUUUUGGGAGGAAUCCUCUUAUGUUUCCCUGUGUUUGGCUCAAUAGGCAAGGUAUUUUAACUCCAUGGACUCGUGCUAGACGACCAAUCCUUGAAGGAGAUAAUUGGUGGAGAGGGCAUGCAGCGGCUUUCCUAAAGUAUGUCAAUGUGCCCCCAGAAGUACUUCGGAAAGGGCGUGUUAGCCAGACAAAACGUGAGGCUGCCUACUUUGUUAUUGUCUUACAUAACUUGAGAACAGUAGUCAUUGCCAUUCGUGGAACUGAGACUCCAGAAGAUGUUAUAACUGAUGGCUUUUCUGAUCAGUUGCCCCCUCAAGUGAAGGAGACUGUCCUCUCGUCUUUUCCACACUAUGGGCAUGCAGGAAUUAUUGAAUCGGCUCGAGAAUUGUACACAAAGCUUGAAGGGCAGUCCAUUCAUCAAGAUAAGUCAGAGCUGAUGACAGCUGGGUUCUUAUCUUCGCUGCUCGGAGCUGGAUGUGAGUGUGAUGGAUACAAUAUUGAAAUUGUUGGACAUUCUUUAGGAGGUGCUGUAGCUGCACUUCUUGGUAUUAGGCUAUAUAAACAGUUUCCAAAAUUACAUGUCUUUACUUAUGGAGCUGCACCCUGUGUGGAUUUCGUGAUAGCAGAUGCAUGCUCACAGUUUGUUACCAGCAUUGUCCACAACGAUGAAUUUUCCUCAAGAUUAUCCAUGAAUUCGGUAAUUCGAUUACGUGGUGCUGCUAUCAAAGCUUUAUCAAAGGAUACUUCGCCAAAUUCUACUAAAGUUGGCAAACUAGUGGGUGGCUUCACGAGCAACAAAAGGCAUGAUGAACAACACGCUGUGGUUCGAUGUGCUUCUUCUGGUGCUCUUCAGACAGUCAGCGAUGCAAAGCAAAGUAAUGAUCAAAUCCAUGGAAAGAGUGUAAUGCAUACAGUUAGAGGUGGUGUGUUCCUCUUUGGUCAAGCGAUAUCUUGCUUGGUAAAUACUCCAAAACAUAGAAUUAGCUCCACUGCGGUAAUUAACUAUGAGUUGGGACGAUCUAGAACAACAUUAACCUAUAAUGGUGAAAAUUUGACUGUUGCUUCCCGUGGUGUUCUGGAUGGUGCACCUUCUGAAGAACCUAGUGAUGCAUACAGACAUGACAAGUUUCCAGAAGCUGGCUUGGAUGAAUCCGGAAGUAGUUUCAGGUUACCUCAUUCAAAUAAUGGUGCUGAGCUCUCAUCUGCCCCGGAUCACACGUGUACAAUAAGUUUAUCUGAAGGGCAGUCGCCAGAUGUGUACCUCCCUGGCCUCAUUAUUCAUAUCGUUCCCAUAAAGAAUGGUACUUCUCCAUUGCGGAAGACACUUGUGACUCGUCACAAGAACAAGAGUUAUAAAGCAUUUAUAGCGAAUCGGCAGGAUUUUAUGGACCUUGUUGUGACCCCUCGCAUGUUCCUUGAUCAUCUCCCGUGGAGCUUGGCCUCUUCCUUCUGUACAAAUGUAUCAUUAUCCAACUUGACCCCUCACAUGUUCCUUGAUCAUCUCCCGUGGAGGUGUCACUAUGCCAUGCAAAGGGUUAUAGAAACACGGAAACGGAACCAGCCCAUUCACUAUUCAUCCACCGGAGAGGAUUCUGUCUAA